AUGGCGCACAUGAGCCUGGAACAGUAUCUUGAUCAGGUUUGAAAAGCAGCUAAAUUUCUUUGCUCUGAAAUCAUCGGGUGAAAUACUGACAUCCUUCUAUAAAAUAUAUUAGGUGGAAAGAGGGCUUGUGUCCAAGAAUGGUGACAUUUUAGCGGUAAGCGUCGUAAGCGUUGUUUGUGUGGUUAUAAUAGAGGAAACUUCCUGGUGUCACUGCUGGUGUAUAGGCUUAACUCACUGACUGUUGUAUGUCAUUGUAGCAAGAGAAGUUUUCAGUGAACUGUCGUGAGUUAUGUAAUUUAAAAUUUCUUUUGUUCUGCAUGGCAAUACUCUCGAACAAUCACAUUUUUGACCAAACCAGUCAAGACUCUUGUUUGCAGAUGUUUUUCUUCAGUUCACACAUAUAAUACAGUGUAGGGUACAUGUGCAUGUCUUAUUUUGCACUUUAUGAAAAUAAUGAGAGUGGAUUCACAUUCUGAUUAGUCAAAAACCUAUAAUUUGUUUAUUGGACAGUCAGAAUGAGACUAACCUGCGUAGCAGGCGCUUAGAAGAAAAAGGUGCAAAAAAGAAUGGGGUGUGUUAGGGAGACACACAAGGGGAGAGGGAUCGCUGUUUUUACUUGCUUUCUGAGAGUGCGAAAAACUCCUUGGUUAAUAGGCUCCCGAGGGGAUAAGUGUUUGCCUUAGGCAAGAAAACUGUCAAUCAAAGAAAAGGUGAGAUCGUUUUUUAAAUAUGUAAUACAAUGAAGGUCUUAUUACAACAGUAAAUGGUAUAAUCAAAAAUCAGAUCUUGGAGGUCACUUAUGUGGCUGUAAUCUCAAAGAAAAAUUGGAUUGUGCCAAAUGGUAUUCAUAAAGGAGUGAUUUGACAUCAAAUACCCAUUAGCAGAAGUGGUGACAGACAAAAGAUUUGCUGAAUCAUUGAAAUGAAGAUCAGAGGAAAUAUUCUUUGUUCAAAAAGAACUUUGCAGCUUACAUUGUCGAUGAAAUACAUACCAUCAAGACCUACACAGGAUUGAUGAAAUGAGACACUUACUAGGGGGAAGAAUUUCAAAAAAACCUCUCGCUAUUUAGCAUUGAUAUCAUUAACUUGUAUGCGACCUGAUGACUGAUGUUAAUGUCUCAUUACUGUAGCCCAUAAAAACGUCUUGCUACAGUUUACAUCCUGAACUUUAGGUCCCUUUAACAAGACAUGUCUGCUCAAAAAAUUAAUCAGCUACCACUUUGCACAAAAGUACAGUCUGCAAUGGUAAUUUUUCCACAUACCCUGUGAUCUUUGGUGUCUGUACUGUUGUGAUUUUGCAAUCUCAGAGAACAAUAUACAGUCGACUCCCGAUAAGUCAAACCUUCAAGGGAGCGUGAAAAAAGUUCGAGUUAUCAGGAGUUCGAGUUAUCGGGAGCUCAAAGAAAAUAGCCGAAUUAAGGAAAAAACAUUUUUUACUGUACAGGGAACAUUUUAAUCACAUUUAAUUGGAAAUUUUGGUUCGAGUUAGGGCAAGGUUUGAGUUUGCGAGGGUUCGAGUUAUCGAGAGUCGACUGUACUAGCCUUCUAUAAUACAAAGCAUGCAUUCUAUAAAUAUAUCCAGGUUUUACUCUGUUUUUUCGUAUUUAUCGUGUCUUUGGUUAAAAACAUUAAUUAUUUUAAUGCUGUGUGUUUGUCGUUGGUUUAUUUCUCCAUUGCUCUAUAAUCAGAUCACGUAGCUGAUCUUUAUAACAGAUAUUUAGACUGAGGAUAUAAAAAUAUAAAUAGAGGAUAUUACACGGUGGCGAGAAGAUAUGAAUUUUAUGUUCGAGUGGCAAGAACAAUAUCUCACGAGUGAGCGAAGCAAAGCGAAGAGAGAUAUUGUUCUUGCCACGAGAACAUAAAAUUCAUAUCUUCGAGCCAACGUGUAAUAUUCUUUUUAUUAUAUGGAGAAACCAAUUCAACAAAAGCAAAAGGCGGGAAUCGUGACGUCAUUGAACNACUUUGCACAAAAGUACAGUCUGUCAUGGUCAUUUUCCACAUACCCUGUGAUCUUUGGUGUCUGUACAGUUGUGAUUUUGCAAUCUCAGAGAACAAUAUAUUAGCUUUCUAUAAUACAAAGCAUGCAUUCUAUAAAUGUAUCCAGUUUUUUUUUUUUUUUUCGUAUUUAUUGUGCGUUUGGUUAAAAACAAUUUAAUGCUGUGUGUUUGUCAUCGGUUUAUUGCUCCAUUUGUUCUAUAAUCAGAUCAUGUAGCUGAUCUUUGUAACAGAUAUUUAGACUGACGAUAUAAAAAUAUAACAUGCUUUGAAACCCUCUAUUUGUGCGAGGUCGAUCUGGAUCGUUUUAUGUCAAAAUUUUUGACAGAUCACAGAGCAGCCGCUAGAUAAUAAGAAUGAGGGCGGGAAACGAUUUUCAUAGGCUUCUUGGCCAGGCGCUCCCUCUCACCUCACUUGUUCGUCUUGAGCACAGGGCUCCUUCUUGCACCCAUUUCUUUCAAGCGCCUGCGACGCAAGCUAGAGUCAGUGAGACAGAGGAAUAUACUUUUGCAGAGUCAAAGGUUCCAAUUAUAAAUAAAUAAUUGCAAUAUUUCAUUUACUACAUCUAAGUUUACCAGGAAAUCAAAUCUAAAAGGCAGCUGAAAAUAAAUACUGGAAAACAACUUUGGCAAUAGCCUUACCCACACUCAUCCUUAAGAAUUAUUUUGCUGAUAAACCAUUGUAGUAUUCAUUCAAACUAUUUUGCUGUUUCUGAUCAGCUACAAUCCCCGGCUAAUUCUUCCUAACUGGCUAGCACUGACUGAAUUUGGAAGGUGUGGGCAAUAAUGUGCCAAUUCGUUGGUAUAUUGCUAGCAGCCUUGUUUUCAGGCAAUAACCAGUUCAGUUAUGCAGAACUUAAGAGUGCAGCAGCUUACAGCUGUUUAUACCUGUAGCUGUUUAUGCCUGAGUGAACUGAAAGGAAGAGAUGUUCGUGGCUAUCCAAAGAUGAAAAGCUGAAUUUCUGACCACAAAACAACUGAACAGAGAAAUACAAUAGUGAGCAAUUCCUUGGAAGGAAGGUCAUCUACUUUUCAAGGAUUAUAUGAAAGGAAAAAACAUCUGUUUAUAUCUUAAAACCAUGCCAAGAAGCAAAUGUUUGAGGAGAGACUACAAUCUAGUAAGGUUGUUAAGAACUUGCCAGUAGAAAUAUUUUGAGUGAGUAAUAAAACAAAUAUAUUGAUGAAUUCAGUUUUCAUAUGAUGUGAAGAAUUGUAUGGAUCUCUUAGGUUCUGGCCUCAGUAAAUAAUAUUAUUCUUUUUCUGCAUUACUCUUUACACCAUUUUCAACCUCAUUCAGUAAUAUUAUUUGGUGUGUUGAAUAUAACCAAAGUUUUGAAUAGUGCUAUCUCCUGGAUAGAUCACUAUCCAUUUGCUAAUUAUUAAGGAAAACCAAUUACACUAUACUUAGGAAAAGGAUUAAAUCUCUUUAUCCAGUGGAUCAGGUUACCUACCUUUUGAACAACUUGGCCAUGGAUUUGGCGUAGAGCUUUUGAACAACUGAAAAUGACUGUAGUACUAAAACUAAUAUGUCUUUGUGUCACAGGAAUUGCUUUCAUUUCACCAUCCACACAUUGCAAGUCUCAGACUUCAGGUACGUGUAUGAAUUUUAUUCAUUGUUUAUAAUCCCUGUAGUACUAAACACAGUCUUCUUAUUUUAAUGUACGUAACUGUACUGUCUUAAAAGUACUACCAAGGAGUUUUCAUAAAAUUUAAGGUGAUUGAUUAAAAAACAAUGCUUGUACAGCCCCAUCUGUGAAAGGUUAGAGAACUGUGCUGUCCUCCUUUUUACUCAUGCCAUAAUGAAUCUUUAUUUAUAGUUACCAGAUGCACAGGUUCAGUGUGAGAGGUGGUUUGAACAACCCUACGAUGAAAUGGUAGCUUCACAUCUCAGGUAUAGAUAUUGUAAGAGGAUCCAAAAUGAGUCAUACUUGUGUAAUUGCAUUUAAUGGGAUCUCAGUUAUUUUACAACUAAGAUACUAUACAGAGAGGAGAAGUGUUACAUCACAUUACCAUGGUAGCAAAUUUCUGGAUUACAACAGUAGGAAACCUAAGCAACAAUAACGAUGAUGUUUUUGAGAACGGUUAAAAAGCAACAGGUUUAUAUUAGAGCAAAUUUGCACAUGCAUCACACUUUUUGUACUUCUCUUGCAUGACAGCAACAUGAAAAUUCCUAAUUUCUGGUGCCCGCCUAAUAGAUUAUGAGGACACAAGAUAGCAAUUUUCUUUUUCUAAACUUAGAUACAGUCAACUCCCAAUAACUCAAACCCUCGCUAACUCGAACCUCACGCUAAGUCGAACCAAAAUCGAUCUCCCCUGGAUUUCCAUCAUACAUUCACUUUAAUUUUACCCUCAGUAACUUGAACCCUCGAUAACUCGAACUCCCGCUAACUCGAACCAAUUUUCGUUCCCCGUCAGGUCAUUUUCUAUAUAAUUUUACCCUCAAUAACUCGAACCAUGUUUUGAGCCCUUAAAAAGUUGGGAAAAAAGCCUUCUACUGGCGUCCGAAACAUUGAAUUUUGAAUUUCCUAUUGACGUGUUGUAGGAGUAUUGUUUACUAGUGGAGGCUGAUGUUGAUUGUCACAGGCUAACGUGAAGCAGCUUUUCUUCUCAAAACAGUAAAAUGCAUGCUCUAUUUAGGCUAUGUUUUGUUAUGUUACGUUCUGAUUUAUAAUCUAGAGGUAUCUUUUAAUUUUCACUUGACAUUUCUACAAUUAAAUGUGAUAAAAUGUUCACUGUGCAGUAAAAACUGUUUUUUACCUUACUCUCAGCUAUUUUCUUUGAACUCCCUAUAACUCAAACUCCUCAUAACUCUUUGUUUCUUUGGCUCGAGAGAGGAAAAAAUAACGCCUGAUACAUUCAUCUAACGAGCCGUUAACCGCCCCCUAAUUUACAUAAUCUAACGUCUCCUUGACCUGUCAUGUUAUUAGCUAAUAAGCGUUUACCAUACGGGAAUCAAAUUUUGGCGCGAAUAUUAUCUAUAUAUAAUAUAAAAUCAAUUUUAGGGAAAAGAAAAUUUUUGAGUACGUCCAUGUUCAGAUGGCGCUUCCUAAAAAGAAUUUUAAAUGUUGUUCAAAUACUACUAGCUGGAGCUGCCGUACCUUUAUUUAAGAGCUACAAAUUAUAAAGAAUUUACUGGUUAAAGCUCGUUGACUUCGUUCUGUGCCGAAAGCAGUGAAAAAAAAAUUAGGCUAAAGCACCAUAUUUUACGAAUCUGAAAGGUGUUGUGAAAGCGAAGAUCGCUCAGAAUAAUUCUCAGGUUUCUGAAGGAGGAAUUACAGUCAAACCAGGUCAAGAUUCCAUUCAUGAAUUGAUUAUUUGAAAAGUGAACCCGUUUGUCGCUUCUGUAACUUGUAGCCGGUAUCAAAUUGCAUUCAAAUGAUCGGUGAAUUUUUGACUGCAACUUUUUAGUAUACUAUGAGAUGGAAAAUAUUUCAAUGGGUGAAAUUUCUAUUUAAGCAUUCUUCAAAUUCAAGAAAACUGAGCCGGCAGAAAUUUUAUAACGAACUCGCGUGUGUAGUCACUGCUCAUGACGCAAGCAAAAAUGCAGACUGAAAUCAACAACAACUAACGGAUGGCGGCAUUUUGGCCAAUUGGAACAGCGCAAAUCAUCCGUAUUGUUUCCUAUCCAAUCAGAAAAAAGUCCAGAUUCCGGCUUUUUUACAUGUGAUCCGACAAACAAAUGUAUCAUGCCCUCUUCCCGUGAGAAACAUAAAGGGAUAAUAGGGAGAGGGCAUGAUCUCAGGCUAUUGUGCCACCAGUCUUUGGCUCUUACAUGUAGGUCGGCAUUCCUCCAUCUCCCAAUGGCUGCUGAAUGAUGCACAUCCAUUCCCUCCAGCAUGUAUUACUGGUCAAAAAACCAAUCAAUGAUGUAUUUGAAAAUGUAACAAGAACUGUAUCUCACUGGGCAGUGAUUACUGUCAAUAUGACCCGUGGCUAAGAACCUGGUUUUGGAGAACCUGUUAGGCUAAAAUUUGCUAGCUUGGCCCCCUCUAUACAAGAACCUGUUUAACUUAAAAUUUGGAAUAGGUUCUUAGGUUCUUAUUUUCUAAAGUGUAAUAAGAAAAAAUUUUGUACUCUUGGGCAAAUAAGAUACAUCUGUAAGUCAACGUUCAGAAUCCUCUUUGAAGACCUAGGGGUCUUAUUACUCCAACUGUAGUGUAAUGGUAUGCAGAUUUUACUAAGGAAUAAGCUAAAAAUACCGCUAGAUACUCUUAGCUUCAAUGUUUUUUUUGUUCUUCAGAAAACAUGAACCUAUUCAAGAACCUACAUAGCCUAAAUUUGUAUUAUUAUUAUUCUUUAGGCUAACUUGGAAUAAUAUAGGUUCUCAGUCACAGGUUUUUACUGUAUUACAGUAUUAUUUUUCUGCCAGUAAGUUAGAGUAAGUGACCUUACGUGUAAAUUGUCUUAAAACAAGUUUUCAGUGGGGGUUUGAUGCAGCAGUUAAGAACAAGAAAAAACAGAACUUUUUUUUACUCAUUUAUGUGUGUAUCAUUGAUUUUACUUGCAGAGCUGUGUGGGCUGUGGCAAAUGGUGAUUAUGUUGAAGCACGAGCAGCUCAAGCAGUUGUUGUUCAAUAUCCUUUUAGCAAUUAACACUCUACCACACUGUACUUUUCCUCUCCAAUAACAGUAGAAAUACAUUCGAAACAAUCAGGUGCAGCAUUGGUCACUUUGAGGUAAAAUCUGAGACUGGGUCAACCGGUGUUGUGUCAAAUUUCCAUGUCUGACUGUUUUGGGGAGGAAUUUUCAUCAAGGAAAUUAUUUUUUCAUGUAUACUACUCUCCACAACGGCCAUCUUGGGGACAGAAGAAAGUGGCCUUAGUGAAGAGGUGGCCAUUAUGGGAAGGUAGAGGUGUAAUAUGACAAAUUUUUUUUUGGGAGUACAACAUACUUAUUGUGCUAAGUUCAUGCUUGCUGUAUCCCAUAAUGGUAAUCCACUCAUUAUUUAUAAUAGAGAUAAAAUGCAUAAAUAAUGUAAAUAAUUUUUGAGGUGUGCAACUUUAUAGCUAUAGGUGUUGUAGACAAAGUGAAUAUAAUCUUACUGCAGCAGUAUGCAGUAUGCAACGUGUCAUACAGAUAAAAUUUUAUGACCAUUCUUGACCUUUUCAUCAGUCGCUAAAAAAGCUGGCUGUUGUCGAGAGGUUAUUUGGGCAGUUGGGGACCUGCUUUAGUGGCCAUUGCUGUUGUAGAGAGGUGGCCAUCACAGAGAGGUUUAACCCUUAAAGCCCCAAUAUACAUGUACAAAUUCUCCAAACCGAUCUCAAUACAUUUCCUUAAAGAAUGAGUUGAGAGAGUUUGAUAAAAGAUCUAAGCAUUUUCUCUUAGGUGAUCAUUUUAUUAAUUCUCAUAACCUAAUCUCUUGACAUUGUAUGGAUAUUGUUAGGAGAAAAUUGAUGUUGGUCACUAUUGGGACUUUAAGUGUUUUGUCCACUGGGACAAAAAAAGUGGCCAUUAGUGGAGGUUCCACUGUAUUACCAAUACAAAUUGCCUCACUUUCUAUGUACAACUACUAUUUCACUACAUAUGUUGACUGAGUUUAACCCUUUAAGCCCCAAUAUCCACAUACAAAUUCUCCAAACUGAUCUCCAUACAUCUCCUUUAAGAAUUAGUUGACAGAAUUUGAUAAAAGAUAAUGGAAUUUUCUCUAUGAUGAUCAUUUUAUUAAUUGUCAUAACUUUAUCUCUUGACAGUGAAUGGAUAUUGUUAGGAGAAAAUUGUUGUUGGUCACUUGGGACUUAAAGGGUUAACCCACCAUGACAACAGUGAUAAUGACAUUGGCACAAAAACUUUUUCUUCCAUCCUUUGUAAAAUGAUAGCAUUAACUUAUCCAGUAUGUAACCUUUAAAAUAUGUCGAUUCUUCCCUCCAUUUAGUUUUCAUUGUCCUAAGAAAAUAGUAUUCUGUAGACAGAGUUAGGCUGAUUUCUCAGUUUGGCCUAAAAGAAUAGAAAACAAUGCUUUAAAUUUGAUCAUGCCGAAAGCUUUCUUGCACUCUCCGCUCACACUUCAUAUGGUCUGUUCUGUUCGAUACAUAACAUUGGUUCUAUCAGGCUUCACUACUUUAGUUUUGUUAAAGAAUUAUUUUUCUGGUGUGUAUUAUUCUACCUAAUGGAUACGAAACUACUGAGUAAAGAUGAUUUGUCAAUUAGAUGACAUUUUGCUUUCCUUAAAAUGUGGCACAACUUUCACCCGUGCUUUCCAGAGUCAAAAAGAUGAAAACUGGUGAGUGAAUAAACUGUUGAUAUAUAUAUUUUUUAUUUUUGCUUGCUUGCUUAAUGUCAUCUCUGCUUUACUUCACAAUAAAUAAUAAAAGUAUGGUCAGUUUGAUGUGCUUCUAUUUAUUUUUAAUUAUUUAUAAUUACCUUUAGGAGAGCUUGAGUCUAGUUUGGUCAAAGAAAAAAACUCAAAAAAUGAGGAAGAAAUACAGACUAGAACUCUCACAACAAAACUCUACAAUCUCCAUGCCUUCCAUUACUGUAUAGAAACAAGGUUUAGCUGAAGUUUCUGUGUAUUGAUCACUCAGCCUAUUUAAACUGACUGUGAUCUGUCAUUUUCAAAUAAUUUUGACUCUUUACCUGUUAGGGCCUUGCCACUGAUGAAUGCUGUCACAUUAGAUUUGAGACUCUUUGCAAUGCAGGUAAUCCCAAGUGCACUGUUUACAACAUACACUGUACACCCACAUACAGUACUCUAUGUCCUUUGUACAUAUAAUAGGUGUAAUAAGAAAAUGAUUGUUUCUUUGUAGUACUGUCAACUCUUUCUAUUUAGUUGAUGGACACCAUUGGGAUAAGCACUACGUGUAAGUGUCUGUCUUAGAGAGAUGUCUGUCUUACAGAGAGUCAAAUGAUGGGAGUAAAGACAGGCAGGGACCAACUCUAGGUGUCUAUUUUACCGAGGUGUCCAUCUUAUAGAGGUGUCCUUUAAGAGAGAGGUCGCCGUAAAGUGCAUCUUUUUACCUCUUUUGCUUCCUGGUCUGGAGCUCAAGAACUAUUAUUUAGAUCAUACUGAGCUAGGUGCUUACCAAAAUCAGACCUGACUGGCCAGCUGGUCAUUUUGAAAAUGAAAUUUAUAGGCUUUUGUUGAUAGUUUUCAUUAAAAUCUCAUCACUGCCAUUCUUAUUACUUAUGAGCUUACUGAUAUAGCUGGGCAAUCUUCUGAAAAUCCAUAUGGGCUGGUCUAGACAGCCAGUUCUGACUGAUGGUACAUGUAAGUGUUCAAAAGACCCAGUUAUGGUAACCUGAAAUGGCAGAUAAAUUCAGUCUCUGAGAAAAUAGAUGCAAUUCUAGUUAAAAUUUAACAUUGGGUUGAAGGUCAUCUGCAGUUGAGAAAUUGGGCGUGGUUGUGCAAAAGUGAUCCUUACACUGUACUAUUUAUUGAUACCGAUAGGCAGACAAACAGCUUAUUGAAAGCAGACAAGGUAAACCUGGUGAAAUGCUUGAGAAAGCAGCUGAGGUUAUGAUGGGCUGCUUUAGGGUCUGUGCAAGUGACAGGUAAAUUGAGUAAAUUACUAGGGUACAAAGAAAGUCAGUUUUACGGCUUGUCCUUUGGGCAGGCUGUGGCUAGCAUGUAAUAACCCAAGAGUCAUUUUGACCAGCCCAAAAAAGAUUUUCACACGUAGGAGCCCAUUCCUUGUAAGUUACGGUAACUUUUCAUAUUCAAAAGGCUGUUUGCCAUGUUUGCAUUGUAGAUCAAUAAUUUUGAAAAAGAUACAGUGAAACUAUCAGUUAACAAAGCAAAAUUGAAUGGUUUGUGAUUUAGGAACUGUACUACUUUUCAACAGGUUUUGAUUUUCAAAUUUGAAUUUUGGCCUGAAAAGUUACCAGGCGUUCAAGAAAUGGACUCCAGGACUGAUUAUAAUAUGUCUUACUGUAAUUUGAAUUUCGCAAACGUUUGUCAUCCUUUUCAAUUAAAAGAUAUAGUGCCUUACAGGUGUAUUAUUUCCUUUAAAGCCGUUCAUCCCUUGAUGUUUCCAAGAAGUGGGGCAUGUUAGCGCUUGUCAAUCAUUUGUUCAAGAUUUACUUUAAGGUAAGUGAUGGUUUAGCUUAGUUUAUGUACAUGUAAGUUAGUAGUAGUCAUAGAAUUUCUAUUUCAUGUAAAGAGUGACAUGCAGGCAAAUGUAGAACAUAUUUAGCUUCAUUGCAAUGUACACUGUAGCUCAAGUCACAUAUACUGGUACAUGUAUUUUGCUUUCAUUGAAGGGCAAGGGUAUAAUUUUGUGUUAAUAGGAAGAGUUUUGCCCUGUAGUGUGUAUUUCAAAGUUGGGGUCUUCUUUUUUUGUGUAGAGGUAAAAGCUGUGAUUUUUCCUAGAGAAGGGGUUUGCUUAUAAUAUAACAGGGUUUUCAUUAAGAAUUGUAGUAGCAGGAGGAACGUGUAAUGUUACAGAAGAAUAUUUUGAAAGAGACUCCACGUCUGAAUAAAAAAUUAUCAUAUGCUACUGAACAUUAGUUGGAGAAUGCUCCGAUCUCCGAUGUCUAAUGAACACCCUGUUAUAAGCAAUGUUACAUAACACAUUUAUUAUUCUGAGACAUCUUGAAGUGCAGCAUCUUUACUAGUAUGAAGCUUUCUCUGCCUUAUGCCUAGUAAACUAUUUUUUGAAUUCAACCAUGAUUUGCAGAUUAAUAAACUUCACUUGUGCAAGCCUUUGAUCAGAGCAAUUGAUAGUGCUCCAAUCAAAGACCAGUUUAAACUGGCUCACCUGGUUACCUACAGGUGAGUGUCUGUUUAGCGAUAUAACAGUAUUAGAUUUCCCAGGUAAUGUGUCCUUGAAGUUUAAUAGUCCUGGAAUUCAAUUUUUUCCUGCUGGUAAUCUGAACCUACAGUAAGUUGCUUCAUAAGUAGUGAUCAUUGGAUGUGGCUGAGUAUGAUAUAAAGAAUUGUGUAGAUUGAGGAGGAUGGGGGAUAAUGCCCUUUAAGAUAUGUCCCAUUCUUCAUGUUAUUAAAAUCCACACUUUGGCUGCUUUGGGUGCCAUGGCGAGUAGAAAAAAUGUUGCUGACUAGAACUGCAGUGAUUUUCUUUUUUUGGUGUGGGGGUGGGGGAAGAGGGGCGACAAAUUAAUGUGCCGAGUCCUAGUGUUUUCUACUUUCUUUACUAUUUCGUCUUUCACCGUGGCUACUUUCAGAGCUGAUUAAGCCUUGAGAUGUUGGAUAGGAAUAGUUAGGCAGCCAUUUUCUAACUUUGUUUACUAUUAUUAUUCACGUAAUGUUCUUCAAAGUACUUUUUUUGGUGAACAAUAUUUUAUGUCUGGCAGCCAUUAGUUAUUUNAGCCUUUGAUCAGAGCAAUUGAUAGUGCUCCAAUCAAAGACCAGUUUAAACUGGCUCACCUGGUUACCUACAGGUGAGUGUCUGUUUAGCGAUAUAACAGUAUUAGAUUUCCCAGGUAAUGUGUCCUUGAAGUUUAAUAGUCCUGGAAUUCAAUUUUUUCCUGCUGGUAAUCUGAACCUACAGUAAGUUGCUUCAUAAGUAGUGAUCAUUGGAUGUGGCUGAGUAUGAUAUAAAGAAUUGUGUAGAUUGAGGAGGAUGGGGGAUAAUGCCCUUUAAGAUAUGUCCCAUUCUUCAUGUUAUUAAAAUCCACACUUUGGCUGCUUUGGGUGCCAUGGCGAGUAGAAAAAAUGUUGCUGACUAGAACUGCAGUGUUUUUCUUUUUUUGGUGUGGGGGUGGGGGAGGAGGGGCGACAAAUGUGCCGAGUCCUAGUGUUUUCUACUUUCUUUACUAUUUCGUCUUUCACCGUGGCUGCUUUCAGAGCUGAUUAAACCUUGAGAUGUUGGAUAGGAAUAGUUAGGCAGCCAUUUUCUAACUUUGUUUACUAUUAUUAUUCACGUAAUGUUCUUCAAAGUACUUUUUUUGGUGAACAAUAUUUUAUGUCUGGCAGCCAUUAGUUAUUUUUAUAAUUUUGGAUAGCCAAAAGGUGACUUUGAAAAAGGUUGGACGUGAAGAACUGUCAUACAGAGGCCAAAUCCACUUCCAAGCUUAAAACAUGCUUACUUCUUUUUAUUAUUAUGGCUAAACCUGUGAGCAAGAUGAAGCAAAUUCUAUAUUGUUCUGAUUAGCUACCAACUUGCCUGCUUGGGAUUCUCAUGUUGAUUUUGCACGAAAAAGUGCUCUUUUUGAACAUAAUGUAUUAAAAAUCCUUUAUUGAUCAAGCUUGUUUGGUCAAGAUGGCUGCAUAUUGGCCUUGUUCUCUCAGUCCAUAAUAUGCAAAAAAAGAACUUGGCCAAUCUGCAGCCAUCUUGAACUCUUGCUUUGUCAGUAUAAAUACAUAUGUCCAUGUAUAGUUCUUGUUGUCAGACAUUGGCUUGUUCCUUGGCAGUUUUUGGCUUUGAAGGGAUGUUUAUUCUGACUAGCAGAUAUUCUUAAUUGUAUAGCAGUUGUCAUCCGUUGAUUGGUAUUCUUGUUUAUUCUUAUCAUGCUUUUGAUACAGUAAACACCGGCAUAUAAGAACACACGAUUUCGGAGGUCAGGCUGAUUGAGUUCUUAUUUAUCAGGUGCUUAAUGACAAAUCAGCCUCAAAAUGUCCUUAAAAUGUUCUCAAAUUUUUCUUUAGUAAUACUAUCCAAAACAUGUUGCUAGAGGUAUAUUUAGCAUCUUUUAGGAAACUAAAAUAAAUAAUUAUUCUGUAAUUUGAUUAUAUUAACAAAUGAAGUUAUCUGACAGCAAACAUAAACUUACACGUUUUGUAAUUAUGACACUUUUUCCAUUUUAUAAGAACAUGUUACAAUUUUCAGGCUGAUCUUGUUCUUAUAAAAAUGGGGCUUUAUUGGCCAAAUUUCAGCCUGGUGUUCUUAAUCCAUUUGUUCUUAUAUGUGGGUGUUUACUGUACUGCAGUGCAGCUAAUUUUGUUUUGGCAUGAUGUGCAUCCCUUUUUCUUUCUAUAUCAAUACGACCUGUGUCAAUCACAUUGAUAUCAGGAAACAUCUUCCAAAAUUUGGUAAACCCUAGCUGGUUACAAAGAAUUAGCCAGCUGAUAUUAAGGCAAUUAAAAACUGAAAAAUAUUUUCAUUAAUAAUAAAGCAUAUUCUACCUGUAAGUCAGGGGAUUUGCUGUCCAGUGUGGUUUGUUUUUAGUGUACUGGGUUAACUUUACUAGAAAUGUUUGUUUUUAACUUGGCACUGUUACAAAACAUGUACGUUCUGUACCUUUAGGUAUAAGGAAAUACUUUCUCCAACAUUGGCUCUAGUUCAAUCUUAUAUUAGUCUCCCUUGCAGCCUUUUUUGUCUUAUCAUGCUACACUCCUCCCCAAUCUCAUUUAUCUGAUAAAACUGGUAUCAUUAUGGGGAUCUUGAGGGACACAUUUUAAUGGUUUUGUUUAGGUUAUGUUUAAAAAAUAUUCUUUUUUUUUCCUCUACCUUUACUAGAUAUUUUGUUGGAAGGAAAGCCAUGUUUGAUAGUGAUUUCAAAGCUGGUAAGAUAUUAGAAUGAUUUAUAACAGUUUUGAAUUUGCUCUGUACAGUACAGCUGUAUGUCAUCAACCAUACCUUUGAGAAAACUUUUCUAGAUUAUUAUGAUAAAAAAUCACCCCAAAAUUAAAUCUUUAAGUCAGCCCCUUGUUUCUCUCUAACCAAGGCUAUUGCAACAAAAUCUCUGUUUGUACUAGUAUAAAGCUUUUAAACUGUCACUGGUGGUAAAAGAGCAAAUUUACACUGAAUGAGAGAUGUGUAAGGUUUGUGGUGAUGUGGUCUUGAGUUAGUUUUGCUGCAAGUUUGGGUAAAUUUUGAGUGGUACAGCUGUAUGGUUAUGAGGUUUCUAGACCCUCCUUAUGUCCCCUGUUAUGAAAAAAUAUGAUCUUGGGAUGGCACAUAAUUUAUAGUGUGAAGAGCAGUAAUAGGGUUAUUGAUGUUUGCAGGUACUGGACAAUAGUAAGUCUCCUCAAAUUAUCUGAUCACUCGGAUCUUAGACUUAACAUAGGCUCUCCCCCUCUUUGCAAACAUUGGUGAAAGCGCUUGAUCUUCUCUUUUUUUAUGCCUGGGCACUUAGUACUUCAAUAUAAACGUAUUCUCAUUUUUUUGGACUCAAGUUUGUGUUUACCUCUCUGUUAGCUGAUGAAUUCUUAACAUUUGCAUUUCAACGCUGUCACAGAUCCUCCAGUAAAAACAAAAGGUAAGGAUAAGCCGUGAAAGUGCUUUUUUACACAAUAAAAGAAAUAAAAAUUAUUUUUGUGCGAAAUUUAAUGUAUUGUUCUUUGUUAUAGUAAGUUCUUGUUACAACAAGGGUUAUUUUUUAUAGUUUUUUUUCAAUGAAAAUAAUACUGUUAUUUCAUCAUUAUUUAACUCGAGACUAGUUGUGAUGUUGAGGCGUAGUGAGAAUUGGCUUGUGCAGUGGAUUUAAACCUUAAGAUCCAUUGAUUUUUUUCAUUCCAUCAGUGAAUAUCUUUCCUCUCCAUCCAGAUCAAAUGGGUUCUUUGCUAGCUAUCAUAUUUUGAAUUCAUGACUGUUUGGGUUUUGCAGGGCGAUUUUAGUUUAUCUCAUACCUGUGAAAAUGUUGCUGGUAAGUCAAUGGCUCAACUGUGUUUUGUUUGACCAUUUUUGUUUCUGUCAAUGCCUUAAGAACGACAUGACUAAGGUCCCGGAGUGCAAGGGCGCUCUAAAAAGUGUCAAGUCAGCUCCUUCUAAGUCAGACACCUUUGGGGCCAGUACUAAGUGUCUGUCCUAGAGAGAUGUCCAGCUUAUAGAGAGUUAAAUAAAGGGAGGAAAGAAAGGCAGGGACCAACUCUUUGUGUCCGUUUUACAGAGGUGUCCGUUAAGAGAGAGUCUACUGUGUACAGGAAGGCUCCGCGCCAAGGUCCAACCCCAUACCCUUUUACAAGUAUAUGUUGUGGUUCAAUUUUAUCCUUGGUUUAAAUUUUAUUUUCUUUUGUUUUUGGGUAUGGUAAUGUAUGAUAAUGAGUUUGAAACACUGGAAAAUAAAAUUUAAACCAAGGAUGAAAUUGAACCACAACAUAUAUACCACUUUAAUUAGAAAAAGUACCCCUUUCGUGUAUCCUCUCUUGAUAAAUGGUACCCAUACAUAGUGUAGCAACCUUUCUAGUGUCCUUUCUGUCUUCCGUCCUCUUCACGUUUUUGCAAAAAAAAAAAUUCUUCUUUAAUGACUCCUCACUUUCAAUGUUCGAUCAAAAGUCAUUUUCAGUAGCAAUAUUGUAAGUAGACUAAACUGCAGAUAUUUCGUUGUUGUUGUUGUUUUAAGCAUUAAUUAUUCGCAACGAAAUUGUACGGUUAGAUUGUAAGUUCAACUUUCUGGUAAUAACUUCCACUGUGGUCUGGUCUAGGGUUAUAUGCCAAACGAACAACUUCUGUAUAAAUACAACUUGACUCAGUUUCUAGAUGUUGUCAGAGCUGUCAGGUAUGAAGACUGUCUUUAACGUUUAAACCCUAAUAUGGACUAUGUCAUUUUUGCCGUUUCUGCUAGUACUUUUGAUGCAUUUGCAUGCAUGCAGAUAAAUUUACAGUAGCCUGCAGAACUUUCUCAGGCUAGUACGAAGCAGACAUGAAGCGCGAGACACGCGCGACAUUCUCUCGCGCUCAGAGUGACAUCUAUAAGCUAAAGCAGUAGCUUCUUUGGUUUUAAGGGCCAGGGGCACUGUUUGUGUUGAAUCAUCUAUUGCUAUUAGCCUGAAAUUCAUCCGAUUGCUUCGAGUCGUUUUCUCCUCAACAACUGAGGGAGUAAUAACGACUCGAAGUAAUCGGAUGAAAUUCAGGCUACUAUUGCUAUGUUCUUUAACCACAAUCCUUGCCUGGAGAGCUACCGACCUUCUCAGCGCUCAACGUCCGCUUCAUGCUUGCCUGAAAAAGGCGAUAAACUUAGCGCCCGUUGUGCAAGUUUAAUUUACAACGAGUGUCUUACGUUCACUUUCAGAAUGGGCAAUCUUGCACUUUUAAAUGAGACGUUGGAAAGACAACAGGUACUAAGACAUGUCUCUUUUGCAAUGACAAAACGUGUUUGUAGUUAGACACUUUUUUUACCUAAAUAAAGUCAGCGCGGGUAGAAAGUCUUUACUUAUGCUUUAUUAUGCUAAAAUUUAAGGUCUUCAAACAUCUGUUAGAAGUUUCUUAGAAGAAUCUAAUUUAUUUUGAAGAGUUGACUCUUAAAGCUCCAGUUAUGGUAAUCACUGCAUGAAAGUUGUAGUGAUGAGAAUACAGCAUGCACUUGUGAGGGAUGAAUGCGCUAACCGCUGUAACGCUAGCAUUACUGUAGGUUUGUGUGCAAGUUAUUUCUGUGUUUUUCUUCAUGUCUAGCAUUGAUUACUAUUUUCCAGGUCUUCUUCAUACAGUGCGGUGUUUACCUUAUCCUAGAGAAGUUGAAGAUCAUCACGUAUAGGAAUUUAUUCAAAAAAGUGUAAGUUAAUGUAGUUUUUACGCAAGAGCCAACAGCCCCAAUCACCCUCCAUCAUCUUCCUUUUUUGGCUAUUUCUUUGAUACGGCGACAUUAUUCUAAGCGAGGAAAAUCGGUCGGAUUUAUAUUGUAGCUCUUGGUCAGUUUGUAGUUACUUUAUAUGUCGAAAUGAAGCAGACUAUGGCAAAGGUCCUGGCUAUAAAUACAUGUAUUUCUCAAUUAUCUUUUAGAAAUUAAAUUAUAGAAAUAUUUACGCUAAUGAAAAGUAUUUCCAACUUCUUUUGUUCCAGGAGUCUUCUUUUAAAAACUCAUCAGUUACCGUUAGAUGCGUAUGUUGUUGCUCUUAAAGGAAUGAAGGUAAAUAAAGCCAUUUUAAAGGGGUCGCUUUGAGAGUUUGUCAUACAGGGACCUUUCUGGUGGUUUUCAUAACAACUGUAAUAACUCAUUUAGGAUGUUGGAAGAACACAUUGGUUGCUGUCUAGACGCUUAGACCGCGAAAUAGCCGAAUUUUUGCGUUUGGUUUCUUAUUCGAAUGCAAGCUGUCGUAAAACAAAAGGCCUAGACGGAAUGUGAAAACGGGCGUAUGAGGCUUGCGCUCUUCGCGCGAAAAUGUCGCGCCUUAAGCUUUGCAAAGAGCGAUUUUGAGAAAAAAAAGCACGACUGUUUUGCAGUCCAAGGCGGGAAAAACGGGAAAUAAAGCAGACGUAUUAAAAGUCAGACAAACUGAGCGUCGUCUGAAUUUAAGUGCGUCUGAUCAACGCACUUGAUAGACGUCUUUGUGGUCUCAGACUUUUGAGAUGUUGAGUUUAAAAGCGAGACGCAUUCCCGCCAUCGUACUUAACUAGUCCAGACGUGCUUAACGCCCUCUAGUAUAACUGUUGCUGUGAAAGGGUUGAAGAAGCAUGGCAAAGAAAUCGAGUGGGCCAUGAUAGUUAUUUUAUUCUAACUUUACUGUAUGUUUAAUGUGAUUGUAGGUUGACGACGUAGACGUUAUUGAAGUUGAAUGCAUAGUGGCAAAUCUUAUAUAUGAGGUGGGUAGCUGGGCGUCAUCUUUCGAGAGAUUUCAAACUAGACGUUUCUACGUUCGGUAUGCAUGUAAUUAGCACGAAAGUACAAAUUUAGGACAUUAUUUUUACCGCCGUUUUACGUGGUCAUCCAAGCCACGCUAACCUCGACCUCCCGCUCUGCAGUCAAGCGCUCUACCGACUGAGCUGUUGUAAUCCACAUGAUCCACCCGUCCCCCGUAAAUUCUAGCCUACAUAGGCUAGUAAAUUCGUGUUGACGGAAUGUUUGUUUGGAAAGUGUCGAUUCCUGGUAGAUGUGCUAGAAAUGGUUUUUUGUUGAAGUCUGGCAAAGAGAUGUAUUUGGAGAGAUUCCUUUAUCUUUUUUGUUCCCAAGCGCACUCGUUUGAUUCUUGAGAUGUAUGUUUGUUUCUUUCUUUUGUAGGCGUGUGGGUGUCCUUGUUGUAAAGUUAAUAUUAGUAACAUUCUUUUUUGUCUCAGGGUUACAUCAAAGGCUAUAUAUCCCAUCAACAUCAGAAGUUAGUGGUUAGUAAGCAGAAUCCAUUUCCUGCCUUAACAAGCUUUCUCUAACCAGCCACUUCAGGGAUUAUGGUUUAACGAACUCAAAGCGUCGCGAAUCCUCAAAGAGAGCCUGGAAAGGAGCAAGCCGUUUCAAGAACAUGCAGUGAUGUUUGCGUUGACGACCCUUCACAGAUUUUGACAGUCGAAAGACGCCAUAUUAGAAAGAAAGGCGAGACUCACGCGCAAUUGUUGAAGUUACGAAGCAUUUAGGACCGAAACUGAAACACGGCUAAGACUUUUGUUAUGUGAAAAGGUUUUUCUGAUGAGGGUUUUCGCGACGACAAAGAGGCUGUUUUGAUCGGAAGAUAUUGCUUGUGUUAAUUUUCCUGCCACUGAAGUGGUUUUCUUGAGUCCCAUUUCGUUCACGAAAAUUGACUUGCAAUUUUUACGAUCAGCAUUUUUAUUCACUUCAUUAACGGGUGACUGAACAUUCUAGUGAAUACUUUUUCCUGCUUUAUUAAGUUAUAUCGAUUUCGUGAAAAUAUGAGAGACCAUAGAAGCGUAUGUCCAUCAAGAGAAUGGAUUAAUGUUUUAGAUGUCAAACUUUACAUAUACCGCCGGCAUCCAAUUCAAAUGAGGUAGAAAUGUACCUUUUACCCGUAAUCAUAAAACUCGACGUCUGAAAUUGGCCUAGCCCGUGAAUACAGCCGCCUUUCACCUCUCGCCGGCGCAAGGAACGUUUUGAGAAG